AUGCCAAAGACUUUUGGAUUCACAGAAGAUGUUAGAGGCUUAUUUCCGUACUUUUCCAAUUUGAAAGAUAAUUACGGAAAAGUAUUCAAUAGCCAUUCACCAAUCCAUUUUUAUGCUCCUGAUUCAUACAAUGUUGAGAAGAGAAUGAAAUUGGAAGAAUAUUUACAAGAAGUAAAAAAUGAAGAAUUUGACUUUGAUACCAAUAUGCGUGAUUACUGUGUAUUCGAUGUCAAUGUCCGAGCCGUUUGUCUUUUCAUAAUUGUGAUUUUUUUUUCAUUUGAAAAAAAUCAGCCUUUGUUUUCAGAACUCAAAAGAGUUGGAGUGACAACAUAUGAAGGUGAUGUUGGUUGGUAUGUAUGGAGAUAUUGCUAUAAUGAAUAA